CUAAAAAAUCAACUCCAAGAAUUUCGUGAUGUUGAUGUUCCUCUAUAGUAGGUGACGGAGUCGGUGUUUCGGAGUUGCAGGGGGUGUAGGCGUGCGAAGCUCACCACCUCUGCAGCCACAAUGCCUACACAAAGGGGGCCCAAUGGUCGCACCCUCGCGCCAGCUUCACUGUGUUCGGACGGCGUUCAUUAAACCAUAUUACCAAUCCACUCCGCCUCAGACCUCGUGGGUCAUUGUUUAUCAAUUGAGCAGUGGCAGAAGUUGACCGGGAGUGAAAUGGAGCCUUGUUUUGGUGGUGAGUGAGCGAGUGAGCGUUUGAUUCUCUUUGUGCUUGCACUGGUGGGGGUCAUCCAAGAGCCGAGGGAUGUACCGUUACUGAUGUGUACUGAUAACACUGGCUCGCAGGGCCUUUUCUCGCACACUUGCAAUGUAAACUGAGGUGUAUGGAAUCAGUCUCCCUACGGAGGCUGUAUUCGAUGUUUAUAAAUAUUAAAUGUGUAUCUGGGCUCAUUAAUCUUAGGAUUAACAUGCAAGAAGGACGAGAGAGGACCUGUGGUUGAGUGCUGGACAGGCACUCUGGCGGCGAGUGGUGGAGUUACUGGGCGGCCAUGUUGUUGGCCGCGGGCGACCAGUGAUGAAUGCGUCGGGCCAGUGGACCUGCCUCCAGACACCGUGCACCAACGCACACUCAAACGCUCCCACAUUUUCGCUUGAUUGGAGCUGUUAAUUGGCUAUUUAUGGAUAAAAUACUUUGUGCUAGGAUGUGGUGGAGGGGAGAAGUGGAAUACUGCCUAGUGUGGAAGUGAAACGAAGUGAUGGGACCAGUCAAGCUCAGAUGUUUUUUACCGAGGAGUAAUGAGGACUCUGCAUCGCGUAUCCUAAGAUGGCGAGACCGGUCGGCCCCCGACUAGCCAGGAUAAUGGCGCUCUGCUGAAACAGGCGGUGUGGCAAGAUGCGAAUAUUGUGGGGCUGGAGCCUGGCAGCCCUGUUGUGGGCUGUGGCGGGGAAUGUGGGGCCAGAAUACCACAGCCCUGAUGACUGUCAGGUCACCUCGCUGGCGGGCACCGACCUCGUCGCCCUCCUCUGUCGACUACGGACCAUCAACAGCGAACUGGAUGCCACCAACUUCAGCGUCAUCCCCACCCGUAACACAGUCAAGCUCAGGAUUGAGUGCAGUGACGUGCUUUUUUUUCAAAGUGCGCUUCAAAACAAGAGUUUUGUGAGGCUGAGAGAGCUUCAGGAGCUCGAUAUUGAGUAUUGCAAGAUCGGUGAAGUACCGCGGGAGGCAUUCCUGGGCCUCACCAACCUGCGGAACCUGACGCUGCGGACCUACAAUACCGACUGGUCUGCCAUGACUCUCAAGAUCUCUAGCGACGCCUUCAGAGAGCAGAGAAACCUUCAGAGGCUUGACCUAGGUGAUAACAACAUCUGGACGCUGCCCCCAGCACUCCUCUGCCACCUAGAGAAUCUCAGGCUCCUCAAUUUGUCCCGCAACAAACUGCAAGACGUGACAGUUAUGAGUUUUAGUCAGGUGGAGCACAUCUGCGCCCCGGGUUUGCGCUCACUCGAUGUGUCCUUCAAUCACUUAGUAAGUGUUCCGGCAUUUGCAUUUGCGGCACUCAAAAACUUGCAAAUACUCAACAUGAGUCUAAAUGGCAUUAGUAAACUCGAGGAUAAGGCUCUGUUCGGUAUGUACUCAUUAGAAGUGUUGGACUUGUCGGGGAAUUUAUUGACUGCGUUACCUCCUGAACUAUUUCAGGAAAAUAAAAGACUAACAAAAUUGUAUAUAAGAAACAAUUCUGUGAGUGUGUUGGCUCCUGGGCUGUUUACGGGCUUGAGCCUCCUGCUGGAGCUGGAGCUCACUGACAACCAACUCACCAACACCUGGGUCAACUCCGAGACCUUUACCGACUUGCUAAGGCUCGCCAGUCUCGAUUUGUCUAACAACAAAAUCACAAGACUCGACGCGGCCACUUUCCGUGAUUUAACCAACUUGCAAGUGCUAAAGUUACAACAGAAUAUGAUUGAAACCAUUUCAGAUAAUACCUUUAGUGGGCUGUUUAGAUUACACACGUUAGUGCUCUCGGAUAACAGAGUCAAAGUGAUAAGUGAUAAAACUUUGGCAGGUUUGAUCGGCCUGCAAGUGCUAAAAUUGGAUAACAACGAAGUGUUCAGCGUGGACAGCCACGCACUCACUAACUCGACGGAGUUGCAGGAGCUACAGCUUAGUCACAACUACCUUCAGGACGUUCCCAAGCUGGUGCAGAGUUUGGCAUCGCUCAGAACCCUCGACCUGAGUGGCAACCAUGUAAGUGUUAUCACCAACAGUUCCUUUACCGACCUCCAGCACCUCAGUGCCUUAAAACUUGCCGCUAACGUGGUGGAAAAUAUUACUAAGAGUGUUUUCAAGAAUCUUCCUGCUCUUCAAGUGCUUGAUUUGGGAAGUAACAAAAUUCACACUAUAGAGAAUGGUGCUUUUGACAAUAAUAAACAUCUUGAGGCCAUCAGGCUAGACAAUAAUGUAUUGACAAACGUUCAUGGUCUGUUUUCUGACUUGCCAAACCUUCAAUGGCUCAAUCUCUCUAAAAAUCAUCUGGAAAUGUUUGAUUAUGCUUUUAUUCCUAGAGGACUUAAGUAUCUAGACCUUCGCUCAAAUUUUAUAAACGAACUUGGAAAUUAUUUUGAAAUUGAGAGUCAGUUAAACUUGAAAAUAAUUGACGCUAGUUUUAAUAAGCUGUCAGACAUAAGUGCUAGUUCAGUGCCAGACAGUGUUGAAAUUCUCUUCUUAAACAACAACCUUAUAUCUCGAGUACAGCCUUAUGCAUUCUUUAAAAAGAAAAAUCUUACUAGAGUGGAUCUCUUUGCAAACAAGAUCAAAAACAUUGAUCAAAACGCCCUGAGACUUUCCCUGAUGGACCCUUCUCGUGAGCUGCCUGAGUUCUACCUGGGAGGCAAUCCUUUCGAAUGUGACUGCACUAUGGAAUGGCUGAAGACCAUCAACAGCCUGGAGGAGACUCGACAACAUCCGACAGUGAUCGACCUCGACACUAUCAACUGCAGACUAAUGAACAACAACGCUCUCAUCCCUCUCCUCGAGGCGCAGAAAUUGCAGUUUCUCUGCGAGUAUGAGUCGCAUUGCUUCGCCCUCUGCCACUGCUGCGACUUCGAUGCCUGUGACUGCGAGAUGACCUGCCCCACCAACUGCACUUGCUUUCAUGACGAGUCUUGGGCAGCCAAUAUCGUCGACUGUUCCCAGGCUGGCUACGAUUCUGUGCCUGAAAGGAUACCAAUGGAUUCAUCUGAAGUGUACCUGGAUGGUAAUAACAUGGACUCUCUCUCCAGUCAUACCUUCAUCGGGAGAAAAAAUCUCAGAGUGCUCUAUUUAAAUGACAGCAAGGUGGAGAUAAUUCACAAUAGAACGUUCAAUGGUCUGAAACUACUGGAAACCCUUUAUCUGCACCGUAAUUAUAUCAAGGAACUCAAGGGUUACGAGUUUGAGCACCUUACCCUUUUACGUGAAUUGUAUUUACAUAGUAAUGAGUUGCUUUACAUACAGAACGCAACAUUCUUAACCCUGAUCUCGCUUAGGGUGCUGAGGUUAGAUGAUAACCGUCUCAAAACAUUCCCAGUGAGUCUGUUCGAGAAAAACCAUAACCUACACUCCUUGCACUUGAGCGAGAACCCGUGGAGCUGUGACUGUGACGAUCUGGAGGACAUCCAGACCUGGAUGCACGGCGCUGGAGGGAGGCUCAAGGACGCAGAUAAAAUCAUCUGCUCCCUCAACAGGUCAGUCGAGGUCAUGGUACAAGUGUCCACUUUUAACCUGUCUACCUGUAACAAUGAUACGGAGACGACAACAAUAAGACACGAGGCUUACCUGGACUAUGUCUUCCUCCCGACCAUCACGCUGGGAGCCUUUGCUCUCCUUCUGACCAUCACCCUCAUCAUUUUCUGCAACAGAAACCGUAUGCGAGUGUGGGUGUACGCCAAAUACGGUGUAAGACUCUUCUACAGAAGUGAGUACGAAGGGGAUACAGACAAAGCUUUUGACGCUUUUGUUAGUUACAGUUCGAAGGAUGAGGUUUUCGUGACACAAAUCUUGGCCCCAGAGCUGGAGCGUGGCAGUCCGGCCUAUAAACUGUGUCUUCACUAUAGAGACUUUCCCGUCGGCGCCUAUAUCACUGACACUAUUCUCAGCGCCGUGGAAACAAGUAAACGCACUAUAUUAAUUUUAUCGGAGAAUUUUAUUAAAUCCGAAUGGUGUCGCUUCGAGUUUCGCUCUGCUCAUCACGAGGUGUUAAAGGAUCGACGGCGGAGGCUCAUUGUCAUACUAUUGGGUGAUGUCCCUCAGAGAGACCUUGACCCAGACAUCCGCCUGUACCUUAAAACAAAUACUUAUCUUAAGUGGGGCGACACUCGCUUCUGGGAAAAAUUAAAGUUUGCAAUGCCGGACGCUCAGCCGCCCACCAGGAACCACCAGCUUCACUCCCUGGCCUCCCAGCAGCAGCCUGGGCCCAGACCCGUCCCUCUCCACAUGUAGCCGAGACACAAGUUCCUCGCCAGCACCACUGUCACCUCCAGCCGUGAUCCAGCACACCUUACAUCAUCCUCCACUCACAGCAGAGACAGCCUCCACGCCCUCCCACUGAUACCACCACCUCCAACACAAUACACAAAAAGGACUGAAAAAAACUCAUUUUCUCGCGAAAAAAUCUUGGAAAUUAUUAUUUUUUUUGCUUAAUAAUUUGGAAAAAUCAACAGAGGCAGGUGAAGAAGAGGCAGGCGCAACUGGGAGGGACAGCGACGUCAGCUGCUGAGAGGAAUCACUGCUGGUGUGUCCUCUGACCCCGGCUCACCUGCCAGAGUCAAGCGUCUGUACACCACGGGAUAAGAUCUGUCCCCAGCAUCAGGCUAAGACACACCACCUCUUGUUCACCAUGGAGCGGGGGUGUGGGACCCCCCUGCCCGCCUGCUGCUCACACUAGGGGGAGCUACCCGACCUAGGGGGCAUGUGCUUCACUACUCUUGCUCAACCUAGGAAGGGACAGGGGAAGGGAAGACUGAUACCUAAUGCCCAGCCUAUUGUUUGGGAGUGCUCACCCCACUGUGGGAGAUUGACCACUCCUCAUUAUCCCACUGUGGGAGACUGACCACUCAUCACCCUAUUGUGGGAGACUGACCACUCCUCAUCGCCCCACUGUGGGAGACUGACCACUCAUCACCCCACUGUGGGAGGCGGACCACUCAUCACCAACCCACUGUGGGAGAUGACCACUCCUCAUCAGCCCAACUGUGGGAGGUAGACUAUUGCUUCUCGGCCACUGUGGGAGGCAGACAUUAGUCCUCAGCCCACUGGGAAGUGACCACACCUGCUCAUCCCACUGUGACAGGCUAACCACUCCUGAUCACCCACUGUGACAGGGGCUGGCCAUUCUUCAGCCCACUGUCACAGGGGUUUGCCAUUCUUCAGUCCACAGUGGAAGGCUCAACACUUCUCGGCCCGCUCUGGCAGGUUAGCUACUCUAUCAGCCCACUGUGGGAAGCUGACUACGUCUACUCAGCCCACUGUGGGAGGCUGACUACUUCUGCUCAGCCCACUGUAGGAGGCUGACCACUCAUCAGCCCACUGUGGGAGGCUGACCACUUAUCAGCCCACUGUGGAAGGUUGACCACUCAUCAGCCCACUAUGGGAGGCUGAUCGCUCAUCAGGCCCCCUGUUGAAAGCUGACCACUCAUCAGCCCACUGUGGGAGGCUGAUCACUCAUCAGUUCACUGUGGGGGCUGACCACUCCUCAUCAGCACACUAUGGGGCUGACCACUCCUCAUCAGCCCACUACGGGGGACUGACUUCCCUACUCAGCCCAUCCCUACCACCAGCGGGGGACUAACAGAGCUCAACCUACAACUAAAGUGUUCACUAUUUUGUUAAGUAACAAGUGUUCUGAUCAACAAAGAUUUUUAAACAAUAUAUAUAUAUAUGUAUGUGUGUGUGUGUGUGUGUGUGUGUGUGUGUGUGACAACGGUAUAAGAACUAUACUUGCAAGUGAGGUUACCAGUAGAGAAAACUGCAUAUUGUACAAUAACAUCAAACCAGUAUCCAUUAAAGUCACGUCAUCCAUAGUAACGU